AUGCUUCGUGAAACGAUUGGCUAUUCCACCUUUAGUGGGACAUACCUGGUGGGGGUCUUCAUUAUCACCCUAGGUGUAGCGGCAGCUGUGGCCCUACUUUCGUCUAAGCAGAUAUCCAAAUGGCCACUGAUCAACAAUCGAAAGCCUUACGAAUUGACCCUGGCACAAGCAAAGAAGCGAUUUUACCAUAACCUUGAUCAAUUGUGUCAACUUGGCUUCCAGACGUCCCGCAAUGGAUUUCGUUUAGUAACCGACAGUGGCACACAUCUGGUACUGGCCCCAAAGUACCUACGAGAUAUUCGUGUUCACCCAGACCUGUUAUUUGGACCGGUGGUUAACCACGAGUUCAGUGGCCAUAUCCGAGGAUUCGAGCCAUUUGGGAAGUCUGCGGUUUCGGGGCCCAUAUUCCAGAACCUACUGACGAAGAAGAUGGUAAUCGCACUUGGGGAUACCAUCGCUCCCCUAGUCGAAGCGGCCGGGCCAGCCAUCGAGAAAGGCUUUACUGAAGAACGAGAAUGGCACGCAAUCACACUGCUUGGGCCUUUACGCAGGAUUGUCACUCAAUGCUCCUCCAGAGUAUUCGUCAGUGACGAGCUCUGGCAAGACCCUGCCUGGGCAGACGUGGCGGCGGAUUACACAGCCACCGCGUCGAAAACUGCCGAUGCUCUACGCCAGUGGCCGCCACUCUUACGGCCCCUAGCGGCUAACUUCAUCCCAGGGGUUUGGAAGAUGCGCGCUCAACUUAGGAAAGCGCGGGGCCUCAUGGAACCCGUCCACGAGAAGAGACGGGAAGAGAAAGCCAAGUUGGCUGCUCAAGGCAAGCAGGCCCCGAGGAUAGCAUCGGAUGUCAUGGAGUGGUUUGAGGAGUGCUCUAGGGGCCAGGAAUACGAUAUGACUGCUGCGCAUUUGGGCCUUGACUUCGUGGCGAUCUCGAGUACGGCCGACAUGAUCACCCAGUUGAUCUAUGACCUGUGUGGCCAGGAACAGCUACUGAAGGACCUGCGCCAGGAGAUAAUAUCUGUGCUCGGGGAGAACGGAUGGAGUAAGACGUCUCUAUAUAAACUCAGGCUUUUGGAUAGUGUGAUGAAGGAGAGUCUGCGGCUGAAGCCUAGCAUCACUGGCCUUCGUCGAUAUGCCCAAAAAGACCUCGUCCUCUCCGAUGGGUCCAAGGUAUCCAAAGGUACAUUGGUCAUUGUCUCCGGUCACCAUAUGGUAGACGCCGAGUCGGAUGUAUAUCCCCAGGCGGACGUAUUUGACGGUUACCGGUUCUAUCGCUUACGGCAGAACUCUGAUCAAGAUACCUGGAAACAGUCUGCGGCCGCGAGUGUGCAGCAUAUAGGAUUUGGGUACGGCCAGCAUGCAUGCCCGGGGAGGUUUUUUGCAUCUCACCAGGUCAAGAUCCUGAUGUGCCAUAUUCUUCUCAAAUACGACUUCCAACUUCCGAGCGGCGAAUCGCCAACACCGUACCUGAGAGGAUUUAAUUACAACGCGGACCCAUCUACGCAAGUCCUGAUCAAACGGAGACAGGAGGAGAUUCCGCUUUAA